AUGACGUCCACAGCUUCGACGGGGGCAGUCCCAACUCCUACUGUGACACCGCCCCCGAAUGAUGAUAUUACUCUCGGCCAGCGUAUGGUCUCUGCGACCGCAGGGAAUAUCUUGACAGGUCUCCUUGUCACUCCUCUCGAUGUUGUACGGGUACGACUUCAAUCACAAUCACAGUCGGCGACAGCCAUACCGUACAAGACACAUACCACGGCUUCAUUAAAGAAUGUCCCUCCAAAUCUCGGCAUCACGGCUUGCUGCCGUGAGGUGUUCUGGGUGGGAAACAACGCAGAAAUGUGCCUGUUCGGGGCUUCAGACGGUAUUCUUAGGACUCCCGCACACCCGGCGAUUGAUUGCGCCGUGGAAGAGACGCAGCGAAGAACCUUCACUUCGACCUUUGAUGGGCUCCGAAAGAUCGCCCGCAAUGAGGGGGUUUGGACAUUAUGGCGCGGCCUAAGUCCAACACUCAUGAUGGGCAUUCCAGCUAACAUCAUCUACUUUGCUGGCUAUGACUGGCUGCGGACGGAUGAACGGAGCCCCAUCAGAAAAAAUGUCCCAGAUGUAUAUGCGCCGUUUGUGGCCGGUGCAAUCGCUCGCACUGCAGCAGCGGCCGCCACGAGUCCGGUCGAAAUGUUUAGAACGAGGUUACAGGCCACACCUGGUCAUGGUGCCGGGCAUUUUAAAGCUACUCUUGAAGGGCUAUACCAAAUGACGCAAGUGAGCGGAUACACGUCUCUUUGGCGAGGUCUGGGGCUCACCAUGUGGCGUGAUGUUCCAUUCUCUGGCCUUUACUGGUGGGGGUACGAGAAAGUCAAAGAAAGCCUGAAGCGAGCGAGGCACGACAGACCGCAUCGCUCAGAUUCCGAGAAAGAAGCACCCUCGACUACAACCGCCUUCUUUGAGAGCUUCAUCGCCGGUGCUUCUUCUGGAUCUUUAGCGGCUCUCGUCACCACACCUUUCGACGUGGGAAAGACGCGACAGCAGGUCUACCGGCAUCUGGAUAAUGGUGGCGCCUCAAAUAAUACCCCGCGAGCCCCCCAGGUCGCCAAAUCCGUGAUACCCGAACAGCUCUCUCUUCCAAAAUUUCUCAUGCACAUCCUUCGAGAAGAAGGCAUGGCCGGCUUGUUCAAGGGCUGGGGAGCGCGUUGUCUGAAAGUUGCUCCAGCUUGCGCCAUCAUGAUCUCCACUUAUGAGCUGGGCAAGCGCAUGGCACGAGAUGUCAACGAGCGCCGGCAUUCUGAAAACUCUUAA